AUGGCAGCGCUUUCUUCUAAUUGGAAGAAGCUUCAAGCAAAGCUCAAGGAGGAGUCUGCAUCAAAGCCGUCUCUGAAGCGCAAAUCAGAAACGCCAGCGACAAAUCCACUACCAAAAAAGUCCAAGAUCCAAAAGUCCCUUAAAAAAACACAGAAAUCGCCAAAAGCCGCGCAAACAGUCGCCAAGAAGCCAAUGGGAGGUGUCCACAGCUCAAAUAUUGAGGAAACAGUGCCCGGGACCUCGGCAUCUCUUGCGCUAUGGGCAGAAGACCACGAUGUAUCGGCUGAAGCUCUCGCCGAAGCUUACAAUUUGGGCGCUAAAGACAGCUCGAUGAUGCUUGCUUCUGCAAAAGAUAAGGUCAACCAUGGACUCACAGAAGGCAUUGAGAUCGGAAAAUAUAUUGCUAUUGACUGCGAAAUGGUUGGUGUAGGACCAGGCGGUUAUGAAUCAGCUCUUGCCCGUGUGAGCGUGGUCGACUUUCAUGGCGUACAAAUCUACGAUUCUUACGUGAAGCCCAAGGAGAAGGUCACCAACUGGCGGACAGCAGUCAGCGGCAUCAGUCAAAAAUCGAUGAGAUUUGCAAGGGACUUUGAAGAAGUGCAGGCAGAUAUCGACAAGCUUCUUCGAGGCCGUAUCUUGAUAGGCCAUGAUCUCAAGCAUGACCUGGAAGCGCUCAUUCUUAGCCAUCCGGGAAAGGACAUACGAGAUACAGCCAAAUUUUCAGGUUUCAAAAAAUAUGGAAACGGGAGAAAACCAGCGUUGCGAGUCCUGGCUCAGCAACUUUUGGGAGUUGAGAUACAAGGAGGGGCGCAUUCCAGUAUUGAGGAUGCACGGGCGACCAUGUUACUUUUUCGCAAACAUAAAUCGGCUUUCGAUAUGGACCACGCAAAUCGUCGCGUCUCCUUCUCCUACCCAAACAACGAAGAAAAUCAGUAUCACACAAUGUCCCAACCAAUUCUUUCACUUAAGCCCGACGAAAGCAAGUCCAAGGCAGUGGCGAACAUAAUACCAUGUCGUAUACAUCACGAUGGUCCAAUUGAACCAACAUCGACAUAUUGGACCCCUGCUGCCACUGACGAUGGGACAAAACUAGCAUACUUCCGUGGAAGGAAGCUUCAGGGAAAGGUAGUCAAGUUGCCAGAAGACUAUCGGGGCGUUGUCGUCGAACGAAUCCCCGAACAAGAUCCUAAAACUGCCGCUGAAGAGCCUCCUGAGGAGGAUCUUGAUGUCGAGAAAGAGGAAGCAGGGAGCAUGAAAGUUACAUCAGAAUUCGACGAGAUGGUUGUUUGGGGUCACGAGACAGUGGUAGAUGCCAGUGCAGAUCCCUACGUUCGAAGUAUGGAGGAAUGGUUACAGGUGGCUGACAAGAUUCACUCCUACUCGCUCCCUGAAGACGUUGUGCAAAAAUGA